AUGGCAGAUUCAGAAUCCAAAGAUAAGGGGAAAGCGGCAGAGCUCCCUGCAGAGCUACGGUACAUUCAAUACGAGCACGCGCUCGAAAAGCAAUACCUCCCCUCAAUCCGAGCCCUGAUCUCGAAGGAUCUGAGCGAGCCGUAUAGUAUCUAUGUGUACCGGUACUUUCUGUACCAAUGGGGGGAUUUAUGUUUCAUGGCACAAGGCUCCAACUCCUCCCUUCUCGGCGUCAUAAUCUGCAAACUCGAAACUCACCAGUCUCACUCUCCUCCUACGCUACGUGGAUAUAUUGCUAUGCUAGCUGUAUCAGAAGGAUGGCGGAAUCACGGCAUAGCAACGACGCUGGUGAGGAAGGCGAUUGACGUUAUGAUUGAGCGGGGCGCGGAUGAGGUUGUGCUGGAGACUGAGGAGACGAAUGUCCCUGCCAUGAAGCUGUAUGAGAGGCUGGGAUUCAUUAGGAGUAAGAAGUUGCACAGGUAUUAUUUGAAUGGCAACAGUGCGUAUAGGCUGGUGUUGCAUUUGAAAAAGAUGGUUGAGAUGUCAGGGCAAGAAUUGGUUUGA